GGCGCUGAGAUCGGUUCGUUUUGUUGUCAUCAGCCACAUUUACACUAAGUUGUUUUCACCAGAUUUUUAGUCGAAAUAUUUAAUUUUGUAUCCCUAGAUUUAGCUUCGAUUCAACGACGAAAGAUGUCAAGGAUGGUACGAACAAUACGAACAGAACUUCCGAACGAAUAACAGAAGUAGAAGUUGCCAUUGUGUGCUAACACUCAACAUUCAGUCUUGUAAAGUAGUUUGAAACCAUUUGACGGCAUUGCAAUCUGAUGGCACUUGUAUGGUGUCGCAGGUAGUAAUAUUUAUUAAAUGGUGAUUACCAGUGCCAUGGAGAGGAGAAUCAAGUUAAAAGCACUGAACAGCCACAUAACGUGCAAGAUAUGCAAGGGUUAUUUGAUAGACGCCACUACUGUUACGGAGUGUUUACACACAUUUUGCAAGAGUUGUCUAGUCAAACAUUUAGAAGAGAAGCACACCUGUCCAACAUGCCAAAUCGUCAUACAUCAAUCGCAUCCCCUCCAAUACAUAAGCUUUGACAGAACUAUGCAAGAUAUUGUCUAUAAAUUAGUUCCUGAUCUUCAAGAAAAUGAAAUUAAAAGGGAAAGGGAAUUUUAUAGAGCAAGAGGUUUACCUUGUCCGAAAGAUGUCUUACCUAAUGCUGGGGAUAUUGAAGAAGAAAAGGCAACAGCCGAUGCACAUGCGGAAUCAGACUAUCACCGUACUGAUGAACAGGUUAAUGUAUGUCUGGAAUGCAUAAACACGAGUUUAAAGACCUUGAAACGAAGAUUUAUUAGAUGCUCUGCCCAAGCAACUAUUACACAUUUGAAAAAGUUUAUUGCGAAGAAAGUGUUAAACGGAAUGGAGAAAUAUCGGGAUAUUGAUAUUUUGUGCAAUGAUGAACUAUUAGGUAAGGACCAUACGUUGAAAUUUGUUUAUGUAACAAGAUGGAGGUUCCGGGACCCACCUUUAAGGCUACAAUAUAGACCACGAAUAGAUAUUUAAGAUUAAUAUCUCUAUGUUCGAUAUGCGAUGGAAAUCUUACAAAAUCUUGUACCUACUUUAUACGUUUGCUAGUUCUAUCUGUAUUGCCUGUCAUAGUACUUAUUUCUGUGUUUUUCGACACGGCAAAGAAAUUCAAUUUUAAAGAUAGUUUGUGAGGAAGCAAAGUUUGUUUCAGACCGCAUCUUUUUAUACAUAUAGAAAGAAUUGCUUUAGUCAGAUUUCCGAUAGCAUUCAGCACAACAUAUUUUAACGAUAGUAACAUUAUCGUUGGGCACAUUCGAUUAUCAUUUUAUCUCUUUCUAGUUAAAGUUUAGGAUCGUUUGUGUAUUUGUUUUCAACUGAGUUACAUUAACUCGCCUAUUUUUUUUUUCACAUUUGUUAUGAUUUACUACUCUAGACUUGUGUAACGCGUAAAUAUAAGUAGACCAAGAAACCAUAGCGACACUGUAACAACGAGAAGACAGUUUUUUCGUUCGCUAACAGUAUCGCUGAACGUAAUUCUAAAUAUUUAAUUUUACAUUACCGUGACGCGCCUUGUGUGUUCUCGUAUCGAUCCCCCUACAAAUAAUGUCUUUUAGUUCGGUGAUACGAAAAUAGCAAUCAGUGCCCGCCACUGAUAAGAAUUUGUUGCUUUUUCGCGCACAGCAACGGGACAAAAAGAUCGCCCUUGUCAUAAUCAUAAGACGUGAAUUUCUUUUUAUACAUACCCUGAUUGUAUAUAGAAUAUUUUUGACAGAAUUCCGAUAAUAUUGCGUAAAGACGCAGCUUUGUAUUAGGAAAAAAGGAAAAAAGAAAAUGGGGAAAAAAAGAAGCUGGGUCCGGACAAUGGGAGAUCUGGACCCCUUUAACUUUGUAUGUUUAUGCGCUGUACACAUUCUAAUUCGAGCCCCGGUUUUCGCUCAAUGCCGGGGUACAAAUGAAUUUUAUCAGAUGUGACAUAUUUUCUCGAGGAAUUUGACAUGGACAACGAUGCGUUGAGCGAAACGACCGGGGUCACUUGUCGCUUAGUAGUUAAAUAAACUUGUUUUCGACAAACAUUGUAAAGCGAAAAAUGAAAAGGUCGUGUGAUUGUAUAUAAAUACCCUUAAAAAAAAGGGGGACGGAAAGGAAUAAGUGAAGUGAAAUCGACUUUACGAAGUAGCAGCAUUUUAUGAAUGCUAGAGCUUGUAUGUUGUACACUAUGUGUGUAUCUCCAUAAAUUAUUGAAUAAAUAUGUUUU